UCCUUCUCUCUCUCUUGAUCUCUCUCCCACAAAAAUGGUAGCUUUGAGAGUUGCAUGUGUGUUUCUCUCUGUUCUCAUGCUGCUUAAUGCACAAGGAAAUGGUGCAUUGACAGCACAGACACAGAAAAUGAUACCUAAGGCCAACAAAGAUGGCCCUUAUUUGGGUUUGGUGAUUCCGAACCUAUUUGAACUGUACCCUCUUCUUCAAUCUCCAAACUACACGUCUAACAACCGGACCAUAGACAUUGCUGGAAAAAGAUUUCGGUUUGGAACCAUUGGCAAGAAGAAAGUCAUACUAGUUAUGACUGGGCUGAGCAUGAUAAAUGCAGGCAUAACUACUCAGCUUUUGUUGAGCUUUUUCAAUGUAGAGGGAGUAGUGCAUUAUGGUGUAGCAGGAACUGUGAACCCAUCUAUCAAUAGAGGAGAUGUGACCAUUGCUGAAUAUUGGGGACAUACUGCUCUUUGGAGUUGGCAGAGGUAUGGGCAAGGGCCUGAAGAUGUGCUACCCCUGAAAUCAAAUGGAGAUUACACGAGAGAAUUUGGGUAUUUAAAUUUUGCAGAUUAUACAGUAAAUGUCACAGAUGGUAGCUCAUAUGACAACCUCUUGAACAAUAUUUGGUUUCAACCUGAGGAAGUUUUCCCCAUAGAUGGGACUCCUGAGGAAAGGGAGCAUGCCUUUUGGGUCUCUGUUGAUCCCCUCUACUUUGAAAUCUCAAAACAGCUAGAGGGUCUUGUACUAGAAGGUUGCAUUAACUCAACAACAUGCUUGUCCGAGACACCAAAGGUGACCAUUGUCCAAAGAGGAACAAGUACAAGCAUUUUCCUAAGCAAUUUCGCAUAUCGAAACUUCAUCUAUAACAAAUUCAACGUAAGCCCAGUAGACAUGAAAAAUGCAUUUGUGGCUCUGAUAUGUCUUCAACAAAGGAAACCUUUCAUCGCUUUUAGGGCUAUCUUCAGCCAACCUGAUAGGGGUUCAUGUUAA